AUGAACAAUACUAAGCUUGUCUUGAUGAUAUUCUUGGGAAGCAUGGCUUUUGAUCUUAUCAGCAGAUCAUUCGCUUCAGAGUCUGAGGACUAGGAAGCAAAGCAAGUUAAUCCUAAUUUAUCACAAAUGAGCUAGAGUAGUGAUGAAAGCAUGCUACAUAAUACUGAAUACUAUUAAGGAAGUGAUUCUGCAGAUAAUAGAGAGCAUGCUUAUAUUUCCUCUUAAAGUAGAGGAGUAAAAAUCACUGAUAGUUCCAAGGGAGAGGAGUUAGAAGUUGAAGAAGACUUUGGAAAUGGGAAAGUCAGAAAAUCUGGAAAGAGUAAACAAAGAGCUGACACCUCUGAAAUGGGCAACUUCUUGUAACUCAAGAAGUAUAUUGAAUCAUCAGCACCAGAGGUAUUUGUUACCGGAGGUGAGUAUCCACCUAGUCCUAGCAAGCAAAUGUUAGCUCAGUUGUUUAGCUUUGCCUAGAUGGGUUUCAUCCUAUUCAUAUUUGUGGGCGACUCUAUUUUCAGAGCCCUAAACAAGCCAGUCCCAGCUUUCUAUCAAAGAAUAUCAGAAAAUAGAUGGACAUGGGUCAUUGGUGCCUGGUUUAUAGGCGCUCAGGUCUAAAAUGGCUUGCUUUCAAGUGGAGCAUUCGAGAUAUAUGUGAAUGAUGCUCUAGAAUUCUCCAAGAUUACGAGUGGAAGAAUGCCAGAUAUGACUGAUAUCAGCAGAAUUUUCAAGAAACACAGCAUUGAGCUAUGA